AGCCAUUUUGUGACAUACUGUGUUGACAGAAAACUGAAAAUUUACUGGAAACAAACCCCUCCAGUUUUACGUAGGCAUUUGAUUGCUUUGAUACAAUACAAGCGAGUUUGGCCCAACCUCAGUGCAGUGGAAACGGUGGGAGGUCCCAAACUUAAGAGCAGCCCGUUGUCAGAUCUACAUCAAAGCCAGCAACCUGGGCGGCUGCCCUGGAGCUCCGGGUCUCCAGCGAAGAAACCAGAAUCAGAUUUUCCAGCCAGCUUUUUUCCCAGGUCGGAGGCUGUCCGGGCACCGGGUCACUGACUUUGUAACAUGCAAGACACUGAUGCCAGGGGGAGUUCCCCUGCAUUCCUUCGGCCUCAGAAUGGGAGCAGUCACAGGUCUGCUGGGUAUGUCCCAGGGAGAAUUGCCCCUCUUCGACCCCCACCACCUUCACAGAGCCAUGCUUCAGCCGAAUUUACCUCUGCAAGACAAGAAGCCCGGGCAACGUUCGCAUCCUUACCAUCUGGACAGAACCGCCGUCAGGCAGAAGCCAACAGACAUAAAAAUACUCUCAUUUGCUUUGCCGUUUCUAGCUUGUCACUUUUUCUUGCACUGGGAAUUUUUUUGGGAAUAGCUUCAAAAUACGCUCCAGAUGAAAAUUGUCCUGAUCAGAAUCCUCGUCUUACAAACUGGAGCCCUGGAAAAGAUCCUGAAAAGAGAGUUAUUAUCAAAAAGGGGGAUUUGUUUCGUCUGAACUCAGAUGCUACAGUACACUCUAUAGUCAUACAGGAUGGAGGGUUACUUGUUUUUGGUGAUGAUAAGGAAGGUUCUAAAAAUAUUACUUUGAGAACUCGUUUUAUCCUGAUAAAGGAUGGUGGAAUGCUUCAUGUUGGAGCAGAGAAAUGCCGCUAUAAAUCCAAAGCAACUAUUAUUUUGUAUGGGAGGUCAAACGAAGAUGCUGAUGUGCCAGAAUUUGGCAAAAAAUUUAUUGGUGUGGGUCCUGAAGGAACAUUGGAAUUGCAUGGGCACCAGAAGUUAUCAUGGACUCUUCUGUCAAAGUCUGUGAAUUUCUCAGGGCUGGCCUGUGGUCAUUAUUCAUUUAAAAAGAAUUUUUCCCGAGGACUAAAUGUGAGAGUGAUUGAUCAGGAUACAGCGAGUGUUUUGGAAGUGCUGAAAUUUGAUACUCAUGAUUUUUCAGAAGAAAGCUUGAAGCUCCAGAACUUACUGAAAAAUAGAAGUCCUGGUCGCAUUAUUGCUAUUGCUGUAGGAGAUUCAGCUGCUAAAAACCUACUGGAGGAAACUAGAGUAACUAUUCAAAAUCUUCUGGGAAGUAAGUUUGUCAGAGGAUUGAGUUACAGGCAAGCCUGGGCUUUUGUUGGUGUGAUAGGCGGUGGGAAUUCUUCCUAUAAUGAAUCAGUGCGAGACUAUGAAAAUCACAGCACUGGUGGGAAAGCCCUUGCUCAGAAAGAAUUUUUCACGGUGGAUGGUCAGAAGUUUGUUGUGAGAGCUUACAGCGAAUGGAACGAUGGUGUCCCGAUUUCCGGCUUCCAGGUAGAACCCAUAGAUGGAGUGAUACUGAAUCUUCUGGAUGAUGUUAGUAGUUGGGAGCCUGGAGACCGGAUUGUGGUUGCAAGCACAGACUAUUCAAUGUAUCAGACAGAGGAGUUCACCCUCCUUCCUUGCCCAGAGUGUACCAAGCAUCAGGUCAAAGUCAAAGAAAAACCUCAGUUUCCCCAUGUGGGAGAAGUAAUUGAUGGAGUAGACAUGAGGGCAGAAGUUGGAGUUCUCACGAGGAACAUCUUAAUCAAGGGAGAGACUGAAAAAACCUGCUAUCGUGAAAAAGAGUGUCAGUUUUUCAAUUAUGAUACAUUUGGUGGACAUAUCAAGAUUUUGAAGAAUUUUACAUCUGUUCAUCUCUCCUAUGUGGAACUGAAGCAAAUGGGACAGCAGCUGAUGGGAAGUUACCCUGUUCACUUUCACCUUUGUGGGGAUGUGGAUGAAAAAGGAGGUUACAGUUUUAAGACUUACCUCGAAGGUCUUUCCAUUCAUCACUGUUUCUCCAGAUGUGUCACUAUACAUGCAACUAAUGGCUUGCUGAUAAGGGACACCAUUGGCUAUGACACACUGGGUCACUGUUUCUUCAUAGAGGAUGGCAUUGAGCAGAGGAAUACUCUCUUCCACAACCUUGGACUAGUCACGAAACCAGGCACUAUUCUUCCUACGGACAGAAACAGCAGCAUGUGUAUUGGCAUCAGGGAUAAAGUGUAUGGAAGCUAUGUCCCAGUACCAGCCACAGACUGCAUGGCAGUUUCAACAUUCUGGAUUUCUCAUCCCAACAAUCAUCUUAUAAGUAAUGCAGCAGCAGGUUCACAGGAUGCUGGAAUAUGGUACUUGUUCCACAGGAUUGCUACAGGAGACUCUCAUAGCUUAGCCAUUGAAACCAAGUCAGAGCUCACACCAUUAGGAAUCUUCUAUAACAACAGGGUUCAUUCUAAUUUUAAGGCUGGUUUGUUCAUUGAUAAGGGUGUUAAAACAACUAAUGCUAGCGCUGAUGAUCCCAGAGAAUAUCUUUGUUUGGACAACAAUGCAAGGUUUCGACCUCAUCAAGAUGCAGACCCUGAAAAACCCCGAGUUGCUGCCCUGAUUGACAGAUUAAUCUCUUUCAAAAACAAUGAUCAUGGGGCCUGGGUCAGGGGAGGAGAUAUCCUUAUUCAAAACUCUGGGUUUGCGGACAAUGGAAUUGGUUUGACAUUUGCUAGUGAUGGGAGCUUCCCAAACGAUGAAGGUGCCAGCCAGGAGGUAUCUGAGUCUCUGUUCAUAGGGGAGAGCAAGAACUAUGGGUUUCAUGGUGGUCAAAAUAAAUAUACAGGGUCUGGAGGAAUAGACAAUAAAGGACGCACUCUGCCUCGAAAUCGGACAUUUCCAAUUAGAGGUUUUCAAAUUUAUGAUGGACCUAUUCACCUUACCAAGUGCACAUUCAAAAACUUUGUGCCAACUCCAGACAGAUUUACCAGUGCAAUUGGUUUCUUGAUGAAAAACCCUUGGCAGAUGACACCAAAAAACAACAUAUCUCUUGUGAAGUUUGGUCCAAAUGUUUCUCUAAAAGCCUUCUUUGGAAAACCUGGACCCUGGUUUGAAGAAGGAGAUCUGGAUGGUGACAAGAACUCAAUAUUCCAUGAUGUAGAUGGUUCAGUAACUGGUUACAUGGAUACAUAUGUAGGCAGAAUGGAUAACUACCUGAUUCAACACCCCAAGUGCAUUAAUAAUACAGAAUGGAAUGGAGUGAUCUGCAGCGGGACCUACGCACAGGUCUAUGUCCAAACGUGGAAUGGACAGAAUCUUUCCAUGACUAUUGUACGAGAUGAGUACCCAUACAAUCCCAUGGUUCUUAGAGGUAUUAAUCAAAGAGCUGUCUUUCAGCAAUACCAGCCAGUAGUGAUGCUCCAAAAGGGCUACACAAUACAUUGGAAUGGAAAAGCUCCAAAUGUCACUUACCUGUAUCUCAUCAACUUCAACAAGAAUGACUGGGUUCGUGUUGGUCUUUGUUAUCAACCAAAUACAGAUUUUGUUAUAGUAUUGGAAACCUUUCAAAGGAAGUCUUCUGCUUUGUCAAGCAAGAUAGAGCGAUAUGUGCCUGUACCUUCAAUUCUGGAGCUCGAAAAGAAUCGAUCAGACAAGAAGUUUUAUUUUGACAACAGUACUGGAUUACUGUUUUUAUUUCUUCAAGCCAAAUACAAUAGGGAUGGUCACAGUUAUUGCUCAUCUCAGGGAUGUGAAAGGAUCAAGAUUGUGACCAAAGAUCCAGCAAAAGGAGUCAGUAACUGCAUGGCAAAAGCUUACCCAAAGUACUACCAAGGACCAACUGUCAUAAAGCAGAUGCCAGUAAAAACUACUGUACCGUGUACAAAGUGUGGCACAACUCAGAUGGUAUUCACCAGUGAUCCUCACAAAAACUACCUCCUUGUGCAGAUUAAUUCAUCUGGUAAAGAAGACUUAAGCAGAGGUCAGCAAGCAUUUAUUUCUGUUAAUGACACUACGUUUUCCUUCAAGGAUAAUGGUAUACUUAUUGUUGUAGUUGAUGCUUGCAUUGGCACCGUGUCAGGAAAUAAAUUAUUUUCUGGAGAGGACGUUAAGCGUGUAGGUGCAUAUUUAAAAUCUGGAAUUCUACAAAGGUCGAUAGUUCUACUGAGCACAAGAGGCGAUGUAGAAAUUCCUAAUAACUUAUCAGAAGUCUUAAUGUCCCUGGGGACAGCUAAACCACCUUAUCUUCAGAGCAGUGGAAGCUUGGCCUUUCUGGGUUUCAGAGGCACCUUUAAGCCAUCCUGGAUUAAGCUGUUUACUGGUCCUGCUGGGCAUGGGCUAGUUCAGAUAGAAAAGUAUAUCCCUUUGCAACUGGAAGAGUAUGGCUGUGCCAGAGCAAUCAAGAGCCGACGGAAAGACCUCGAGCUGCUGAAGAAGGCUACAAGAGCUCAUUAAAGACUAAGAUGUACAUAAAAACUGAGGAAGAAAAUGUGAACUAACUUAUUUUUAAUUUAUGGCAUUUUAAACUAUAUUGUUAUCCAAGUAAAUCAUGUUAUUGUCUGACAGACAUUUGCCAGCAUUGACCGCUUGAAUGCCAGUCUGUGCACCUUCUAGUUGUACAAAAUAUGAAAGAAUUUAUUAGUAUUUGUAUAAACAGGUUUCAGAGAUUUUUCAGAUGUUUGUAUUUACUGUAAACAGGUUUCUUAUGUUUAAUACUCCUUUUGUAUUUAAGAGGGUGUUCAUAAAAGCCUUAAACUUUUGAUAGCAGGUGUUGGGAAUGCAUCUUGGAUUACUUGAAAGAUUAAUGUUUGUCUCCCUAACCAGCUUGAAUUGGUCAUUAUAACUUAGUUUAUUUGCAUUUUCCCUCUGCUGUAUACAUGUUUUCCUGAGAGUUUAUUUAGCAGUAAGCUCAGCUACAUUCGCAAAUUUCUUUCCAAGAUGUUUAAAAAAAAAAAAAUCCACAAAACCAGUUCCUCUUAUACAUGCAGCUAGAGUCAAGGAGUCUUAACUGCAGUAAAAUUUUUGAUUUGCUGUUCUAAAGGUGGACAGGGGGAGAUUUGGAGAUCCAGCCUGGGGCUGGGUGGGGAUUCUGUACUGUGCAACAGAGUUGAACAAGGCUAUGUGUAUGUAGCAGCAUGACAGAGAGCAGAAAAUGACUGCCAUUCUUUGGGAUCACUGGUAACUAUUCAACCCAACAUGUAACAGACAGGAGUCUGUUAAGAGUUACUUCAUCAGUUCGUCUGGCUAUUAAGGCUGGGUACAGUGUGAUUUCAGCUUUAAAAGAAAAAGCUUUUAACCAGAAGGACAAAGCUGAGAAAUUUGUUACUCGUAGUUUGUUACGAAGCUACGCUUCUACUGAUGUGAUUUCUAAGGCUAUCCCGGCUCUAAAUUUUGAGUGAGUGGAAAGUGUUCUCAGUUCAUUCAGUCAUGCAAUGUGUUUUGCCUUAACUUUGAUUUUUUUAAUAUAAUAAUUUUGAUAAAUCCUAUUGAUUUUGUAUUAGGUCUGUUUGAUCUCUCUUGGUUUUGUUGCAAUUAUUGGACCCUUUCUGCAGAGAGUGUGAAAAUCAUUUAGAAGAACUGAGACACAGAUGCCCAUUUUCAGGAUCCUAGUCUUUGAGAUUUAAUUUCAAAAAGAUGCAUUUCAUAAUAGGGAACAAUAUGUGCCGUAGAGAUGAAAUGUUACUGUAGUUCUAAUAAAACUGACAUAGUUUUUUCUCAUCAUAUGUGUUCUCAUUCAUUCUAGCUGGUAUAAUGUAUCUACCAUCCAGAGAUGCUUUGUGCUUUGAAUUUAAAAUGGAAUGGAUAUUGGAAAUGAACUCUUCACUUGUCUUCUCCAAAGAAGUUGAAAAACUGGGGAUUUUCUUUUUGUAUGUGUGCGUGUUGUGUGCUUUAACGGAGAUGAGGCACAGUAACACACCUGUUAUUCUGUUCAAUUAAAAUAUGCUACCUCAGUGCUACAAUUAAACUGCCUGGUCUAAUUUUUUUUUAUUAUUAUUUUUCUAAAAAUGGAGGGGAAAGGAGCACAACACAAGAGAUGAAAUUAACAAACAGAUGACUGACAUUUUUUUUUUUUCUUGUAAAACCAAGCCAAAUGGAUGAUUAUGUAUUUCACAGUUGUUUUGAUGCAUGGUUCUUUCAUAAUGUUUUUUUAAAAAAAGUUUUAAAAAAAUGUUUUGUUAGGGAUAUAUGUGGUAAAUUUUUAAGACUAGCUAUAAUGUUUGGUAUUACUAAUGCAGGACAAUGUGAUUUAUGUGCUCUGAGUGCAGUAGUGGUAGUGUUUGGGGAUUACAAUGGUCUUAAGACUUUCACUGUUCUGAUCUGUGGAUAAUGCUCAGCAAAGAAAUACUGAUCAGACAGUGACCUUCAGGCUUGUGAAGCUGGCCAUUAUUUAUGAGAUUCUGCUGUUCUAAACCAUCUUGUAAAAAUUACACUUGGAAAUGUCGAGGCUAUUCCAAUGUAAAGCAUACUGAUGGACAAUUGGACCUGAAAUUGAAGUGUCAGCUUUUGUGUAAUUUAAAACAUUUGAUAAGUAGCAUAAAUAAAUUUUUACAUCUGACAAGA